UUAAUUUCUCUCUUGGCUAGGUUUUGUUCUGCUGGCGAUGAGGUUAAUUGGUAACACUGUCAUCUCUGUUUACACCACACGCUCGUCCACAACAUAUAGAUGAUAAGAACAUCUUGGACAGACAGUGAUACACAGUUACUUAUUGAGGAAGGGACACAAGAGGCUACAGCUCAUGUCUGUAAACCAAACUAAUAGCAAUGACAAAGUUAAAUUGGAGCCACACAGUGAGUCAGUUGUUCAAGCUGAAGGUAAUUUCCACAAAGCACCUGCAGCAUCACACCAGAGUACAGGCACUGUGCAGGUGAAGGCUGGUGAGAUGUCAAGAGUAGCACCACCAAACACACCUGCCCCUGCUGUGGGCACAGCAACCUCUGGGGUGACUAAAGUAGCACCACAGAACACACCUGCCCCUGUUGUGGGCAUGGCAACCUCUGGGGUUCCUAAAGUAAAACCAGGGAACACAACUGCCCCUGCUGUGGGCAUGGCAACCUCUGGGGUGCCUAAAGUAGCACCACAGAACACACCUGCCCCUGCUGUGGGCAUGGCAACCUCUGGGGUGCCUAAAGUAGCACCACAGAACACACCUGCCCCUGCUGUGGGCACGGCAACCUCUGGGGUACCUAAAGUAGCACCACAGAACACAACUGCCCCUGCUGUGGGCACAGCAACAUCUGGGGUGCCUAAAGUAGCACCACAGAACACACUUGCCCCUGCUGUGGGCAUGGCAACCUCUGGGGUGCCUAAAGUAGCACCACAGAACACAAUGCUAAAGUAA